CUACUAUUUUUGGGAGACUAAGAAGUUAUCCGAUUAAAGUAGAACUAGAUAGGCGCUUAUAAAUACAUAUUUCAUUUCCAUGCUGUGGUGAAUUCAUACAUCAUAAUCAUUCUCAUCUUUUCUGAAUCUUCUUCGUUUGGAUUUCAAAUAUGGUGAUGAGUAAUGAGAGGAUACGGACGAUUGUUGGACUCAUUGGGAAUGUCAUCUCUUUCGGCCUGUUUAUCUCUCCCUCGCCUACGAUAUGGAGAAUCUUUAAGAACAAAACAGUAGAAGAAUUCUCACCAGACCCUUACAUAGCUUGUGUAAUGAACUGUUUGCUAUGGAUCUUCUAUGGCUUACCUAUCAAUCAUCCAGAUAGCACUCUUGUAAUCACCAUUAACGCUACUGGUUUAGUGUUGGAGCUCAUCUAUCUAAGCUCAUUCAUCAUUUAUGGUAAAAGUGCACAUAGGAAAAAGAUCUUUAGCUGGUUAGCUGCGGAGCUUGUUGUUCUUGGUGCAAUUGCAGGUUUUGAUUUGGGAUUCUUUCAUACUCAUGAUAAGAGAUCAACCUUCGUUGGGAUUUUUUGUGUGGUGUUUGGUAUCCUUAUGUACACUUCCCCUCUAACUAUCAUGUGGAAAGUAAUAACAACAAAGAGUGUCGAAUACAUGCCUUUCUAUCUUUCAUUAGCUGCGUUCUUGAACGGUUGUUGCUGGACGACUUAUGCUCUUCUCAAAUGGGAUUGGUUCAUUCUGAUUGCGAAUGGUACUGGGGCUCUUUCUGGGUUUGCACAACUUAUUUUAUAUGCAUGUUUCUACCGAACAACUCCGAAGAAGAAUAGCAAAAGGCCGGAGUCUGAAAUUUUUGAAGGUUUGCAAACGAUGCCUCCAAUUAUGUCUAUUUUGAUUUUCAAGGAGCUUUGA